CGUACCAUAGCAAGACCGUCAAAAUGUCCGACGACCUCCAGUGGCUUCUUCUCCGCAAAAACAACUCCUUCAUCGUGAAGAGGGCGGCCGAAGGUCCCGUCUUCUCGCGUGAAGCGGCCAACUUGACCAACAUCCACUCGUUCAAGUACUCCGGCCUUGCUAACAAGAAGACCAUCGCCAUCACCCCUUCCGCUGCUGGUGUCCAGAUCGUUACCCGCAAGAAGGGUGCCUCUCCCCAUACCGUCAAGAAAGCGUAUGCCACCUCCACCAUUCGCAACCGCUCUGGCUCUCGCCGUGCGGUUGGUGUAGCCGCUAAGCUCGCCAAGCGCGGCUAUCGCGCUGACCUGAGGACUGCUGCCGUCGCUCGCACCUCCGCCAUCCUCGCUUCCCAGAAAGAGAAGAAGCCUGCCCCACCAAAGAAGGUCCGAGGCAAGAAGGCCACCCAGACCUAAGUAAUUCUUCCUUUUUAGCUCUGUAUUCUCGUCUUGCUGUCGAUCUCUCUUUGCUGAACAUGUCUUCAUGCCUCCUACCACGAGCAAUUUAUGCGCACUUAGGCUUGAAAGACUACAGAUAUUGCUGCGGCGCGAGCUACUUAUAUAACCCUAGCUGUUGCCCUUAGGCCUUGGUGUCCCAUGUCUCAUUUGGCCGUGUGCCCCAUCGCCGAGAGUCAAAACUCCUGCCGAACUCCAGCAUCUGUUAAGUGACGUAGUCC